AUGGCCGGGAGCUAUUCACUGAUUCCUGCAUAUCUGGGAUUGUUGCAACGCUCAGACGAAGGCACCCUUUGCUCUAUGGAGCAAAACGAUGAACCAGAGGGGAGCACACGCUUUAAAUACUGCUUUGUUGCUUAUGGAGCGUCUGUAGCAGGGUACGCCUUCAUGAGGAAAGUAGUCGUUGUUGACGGCACUUCAAUGAAAGGGAAGUAUGGCGGGUGCCUCUUAUCCGCAGCCGCACAGGACGGAAAUUUCCAAAUAUUUCCUCUUGCUUUUGCGGUUGUUGAUAGCGAAAACGAUAAUGCGUGGAAAUGGUUAUUCCAGAAGCUGAGCACAUUUGUCAGUGACUGCCCGGAGCUUGUCUUUAUCUCGGACAGACAUGCUAGCAUUUACACCGGUCUUCGUAAGGUUCGUACUAUUCCAUUUACUAAUACAUGUAAUGCUAUGGCACGUAGUGAUAUAUACAUUGCUAUUCCAUUUUCGACCCCAUUUGACCCGACUAUCUUCGUCACAGGGUUUACGCACUGGACAAGAGCACACUUCAAAGGUCAAAGAUACAAUAUAAUGGACUCCAACAUAGCUAAGUCAUGGAAUGGCGCCAUUAAAGAAGCAAGAGAGUAUCCACUGAUCAUGAUGCUCGAGUACAUACGUACAACGGUGAUGGGUUGGUUGGCAUUGCGUCGUGCAAAAGCAAACGACGAGAAGGGAACAUUGACACCAAAUGUGCGUAAACUUGUUGAAGAAAACUAUGACCUCUCAACUGCCUUAGCUGUGCGUGACAUAAGUGAACUAGGGUUCCAAGUGCAAGACCCUAGGGGAGAGUGUUUCACCGUUAACUUAGCCGUUGGAAGUUGUUCUUGUAGAGAGUAUGACGAAAUUGGGAUCCCCUGUCCGCAUGCUCUAGCAGCAUCCUCGAAGGUUGGGUUUCCAUCUGACGCAAUGGUUGCACCAGCGUAUCGGGUCCCAACAUGGAGACAAGGAUUUGCUGGAAACAUUUAUCCAGUUCCUUCGGUUGGUAGGUCACAAGUAGGUUCUUAUACAACGGCCGAACUUCUUCCCCUGCAGUCCGCAGACCAUCUGGACGUCCUAGGAAGGUUUGCAUAA